AGAUCCGACUUUGUAGGAGUUGUGAACUUGCAGAAAACUACGCUAAAGAAGCCACAAAGAGAGAAAUUAUUCUACCAAUCUUAUACAAACAGAAGAAAAAAAAAUCUGCAGCGAAGGAAGAAAUUUAAGAAAAUGGCUGGAAUAAUAUUCUUCUGCAUAGGUUUUAAGAGCAAAAAGUGAAGAUUAAGUUACUUGAAUUACUUUGUUUCGAUUCUAGUCACAUUUUAAGUAGGAACUUUUCUCAGUUCUUGUAAAGUCAGAACGUUUUAGUUGAAUGUAGGUUUAUCUUUCUGGUUUAAACUCCAACUCAGAAGAUGGCGGUAAUGCACUUUUAAAGCCGUUUGCCAACUGCCAGUAAAAUCUAUGAAGAAGAAGGAGAAGCCCGAUUGGCUGAGUUACCGGUGACGUCAGUCAGACUUCAGCCCAACGUACGCAGUCAGAUCAGAGGCGUCAACAUGGCGGCCAUAGAUGUCAUUGUGGAGCGGUUGGUGUCAUUAUGGAGGAUACCGGCGGUCAGACAGUUUUUUCCCUGGUUAUUUUUACUCAUUUCUUUACUGGGGUCCAUUCUGAAGGAACUGGACUUGGUUCCGCAGUCCUACUUCAGCAGCAGCAAGAACUUCGUCAACUUGUAUUUCGUCAAAGUCUCCUGGGGAUGGACGCUGCUGCUGCUCACGCCUUUCCUCCUCUUCUCCAGCCCCGCCAACCAGAGCCGCUCCGCCCUGCUCAAACGCCUGCUGGCGUUAGCCGUAGCAACAGCCGUGUGGUACGUCUGCACUGGGACCUUCCUCUUCAUCGAGGAUGUGACGGGCUCUUGCUUUGAAAGCCAAACCGCUCCCAUUGCUAACAAUUUCACCUCGAAAGCUGCCUGCAGGCGGGCCGGCUUCCACUGGCAGGGCCACGACAUCUCGGGCCACUCGUUCAUCCUCUGCUACUCCUCCCUGCUAAUCAUGGAGGAAAUGUCCGCCAUGACGGUGCUGAAGACGGCCGGGCUGCACAAGACGCUGCUCAACCUGCUGUACGUGGAUUUGAACCUGAUUGUGGCGACGUGGGUGUGGAUGUUCGCCUGCACCUCCGUUUACUUUCACGACCCAAAGGAUAAGCUGCUGGGAACCGUGUGCGGGUUGCUUGGGUGGUACCUGACGUACGGGUACUGGUACCGGAAGCCUUUCUCACCGGGCCUGCCGUCGCAGCGCCCGCAGAAAGAACAGAAGCAGCUCGCCUGAGGCACACCGCUGAUUUUACAAGGUUCAUUAAACCGUAGGUUGUUUAUAUCCGGGUCCAAGCUGGACAUGAAACUUGAAGACGUGUCAAGUUUUUCCAUCCUGACAGGAAACACAAAAUCUUAUCAAGGAUUUUGGUCCAGUUUCUAGUGAAAAUAUCUUGGUACACUGGAAAUGAGACGAAACUAACAUACGAGCAACGUUUCAACAAGAAACUGGAGCUUGUUUUAAGUCGCUAUUUCCUUAAUAUUUAUGAAAAAGUUCUCGUUCCAUUUGCAGAUUAUUUCAUUUUAACAUUUUUCCCAUGUUAUAACAGAAAUAAUCUACCAAAAGUGUCGACUCUCAGGGUCAGAGGUUAAGAGUUUGUACUGAAUAAAGAUGCAGUUAAAGAAGAACGCUUCACUGUGUCAGAAACAUCUGCAUGUCUUCACCUACUUUGUUUUUAAAUUUCAUUCACCUCAGUUAGAGGAAUCGGUUUAGAAAUGAUUUGGAAAAUGUGCCAAAAAUGAAAUGAAUUAAAAGUAUUUGAGAAGACUAAAUAAAAAAAUAAAAAAAACAUUAUUUAAAUACAGUUUAGCUUAAUUUGUAGCACACACUACUGUGUGUAUGCAUUUAUUCAAAAAGUGCCAUCAUUUGAGGUGGUUUACUAUUGAUGCUGAAUGUUGAUAAUCCUGCAAACAGGAUUUAAUUUAGCUGCUUUUUCUAAGUUUAAUAACAUAUAAAAUAUCAUUUUACAGAUGUUUGCAACAAAGUACUGGCUUAAAAAGGUAGGAAAGCAACAAUUUGUGCCUCUAAAUGUCUACAAUGAUGUUGUCCAACAAAAGUAUUUCUUUAAAGUGCAUGUUAUUUAUUUUUACUGCAUUUAUUUGUGCUUACCUCGUGUAUUCAACACGUGUUCAGUUCAGUGGCUAAACGUUUUCUAAACCGCAGCACGGAAAGAAUGAAAGCAUUUCUAAUGAAGCUGCAGCAUGUUUUAAUUCUGGGAAGCGCAAAUUUUCUGCACUUCAUGAAUAAAAACACUAAUGAUGUUUUCUGAGAAGAGAAGAAGAAAAAGAUGCGGCAGCCAUAUUGAUUUUUUCAGUUUUAUAUUCAGAAUAUUUAACUUCCGACAACAAAUGGGAUGCGUAAGUGUAAAUCCAACAAAAGAUGCACAUUUUUAUAUCAAAUAAUCAUGCCGUUUUAAUUGUAUCUAAUAAUGGUAGUAAAACAACUUCUGGUAUUAGUGGUUUUUAAAUAUUUUUUAUUGUUUUAUGAAAUAAUUUCUGGAUCCCGGAUUUUGUUUUUUCAAAUCCUUGGGUGUGGAAAUCACCGUGUUAGUCCAAACCUGCUGCCUCCUGUUUAAAUACUUUUAUGUUUGUGUGUUUGUAAGACGGCUGCCAUUAUCAGGCGCUUUGUCGUAUAUAAGUUAGUUAAUUUUAACAUAUUUAUCUUUUCAGAGGGAACCAAGUGUUUUAGGGUGCUGGGUAUCCAUCCGAUUCUCAUCUUCUUUCUUUAAAAUUCAUAUUUAAGAAAAGAAAACGGGGAACAAAAUGUAUUUCCUGUAAGCAUUUCUGUUUUUAAGCUUCUGUUAGUGUAACUUGCAUCACUACCUGUAGUUUCCAGGUGUUAAUUUUAUUGAAAUAAAAAAAAUAAAAA